CGACACGCCUAGAUGAUCCUAGAGUAGUGUUUUAUACGGAGUAGUAGGAAAAUAUUCCGUAAAAGUUAGCUUUGACAUCAGGAAAUUAGCAAUUUUGCAUCCUACAUGUUUGGCGACGCAGCUGCUGCCUAGAUAUCAUCGUCUAUCUCCAAUUUUCCAUCAAUAAGAGACUCCCUCUGUGAUUGCAAUGGAGACGGAAACUAGUUUGGCCGCCCUACCGGUAGAUUGUCUUUCUAACAUCCUGUCCUUGACUACCCCCAAACAAGCUUGCAGCCUUUCCCUGGUAGCGUCCUUCUUCCGCUCUGCCGCAACUUCCGGCGCCGUCUGGGAGCGCUUCCUGCCACCCGAUCACCUUGAAAUCAUUUCCCAGUCUCCUAACACCGCCGGUUUUCUCACAUCUUUGUCUAAGAGGGAUCUCUACUUCCGUCUCUGUGACUUCCCUGUCCUUGUCGACGGUGAUACCAAGAGUUUUUCACUGGAGAAAAAAAGCGGGAAGAAAUGCUAUAUGAUAGCUGCCAGGGCCCUUAAUAUUGUGUGGAUGGACACACCUGGAUACUGGCAAUGGAUCUCUCUCCCACAGUCCAGGUUUCCUGAAGUAGCCGAGCUUCUGGACGUAUGCUGGCUUGAAAUAUGUGGCAAGAUAAACAUCACCCUUCUGUCUCCAAACACGAACUAUGCAGCAUACCUUGUCUUUGUAUUGCAACCAAGAAGCUACGGCUUUCAUCACAAGCUAGUUGAUGCUUCCAUUGACAUUAUUGGUGGAUAUUAUGGACAAGUCGAAAAGCAGACUGUUUAUUUGAGCACCCAAGUAGAGAGGGAAGCUCAUCCACUGGUAGCACCUAGGGAGUUUAUCCGCGUGCCCACUCAGAGAGUGAGACAGGAAAAUAUGAAUGCUGUUGCUGGGGAAGAGAAGGCUGCUAGAUUGCCAAAGAAGAGAAGUGAUGAAUGGAUGGAAGUUGAGCUGGGAGAGUUUUUUGUCACAGAUGGAGAGGACAGAGGUGAUAUUUGUGUGAGCCUGAGGGAGGUAAGAGGCCACUGGAAGAGGGGUUUGAUUAUUGAAGGGAUCGAGAUUCGGCCCAAGGAGGAGACAGAUAAAUAAAUAGGUGUGAUUACAUUCUUUUAAUUUAAGCUGUACAUGUUUUUAGUUUUUAUGAAAUGUUUUAUUUGAAAAACAUGUAUUAAAUAAAUACUCUUCCCGUCAAAUUCCUUGUUUCCCGUCAAUCAUGGCAUUAAGGGCCGAUCCGUCUUCGUGAUAUAUCUACACAAGUUGUGUGCAAAUAUUGUGCAAGUUGUGUGCAAAUAAUAUUUAUCUGUGGUAGUAUUUAAUGUUUCUCUAGC